CGACAUUCCCCCAACCCAACCUAGCUGAUCAUAUUAGAAGAAGAUGGCAGACGCUGAGGAUAUUCAACCUCUUGUUUGUGACAAUGGAACAGGAAUGGUCAAGGCAGGAUUUGCUGGAGAUGAUGCCCCACGCGCUGUGUUUCCUAGCAUUGUAGGUCGUCCUCGUCAUACCGGUGUUAUGGUUGGCAUGGGCCAAAAAGAUGCCUAUGUUGGUGAUGAGGCACAGUCUAAACGUGGUAUCCUCACUCUCAAGUACCCAAUUGAGCAUGGUAUUGUUAGCAAUUGGGAUGAUAUGGAAAAGAUUUGGCAUCAUACCUUCUAUAACGAGCUUCGUGUUGCACCCGAAGAACAUCCAGUUCUCUUAACAGAAGCUCCUCUUAAUCCUAAGGCUAAUCGUGAGAAGAUGACACAGAUUAUGUUUGAGACUUUUAACGCUCCGGCUAUGUAUGUGGCCAUUCAGGCUGUUCUUUCACUCUAUGCCAGUGGUCGAACAACUGGUAUUGUGUUGGAUUCUGGUGAUGGUGUCAGCCACACAGUCCCUAUUUAUGAGGGUUACGCCCUCCCACACGCCAUCCUUCGUCUUGAUUUGGCUGGCCGCGACCUCACUGAUUUCUUGAUGAAAAUUCUGACUGAGCGUGGGUAUUCUUUUACCACAUCAGCAGAGCGUGAAAUUGUGAGGGAUAUGAAGGAAAAGCUGGCUUACAUUGCUCUUGACUAUGAGCAAGAGCUAGAGACAUCCAAGACCAGCUCUGCAGUGGAGAAGAGCUAUGAGUUGCCUGAUGGGCAGGUCAUCACUAUUGGUGCUGAGCGUUUCAGGUGUCCAGAGGUUUUGUACCAACCAUCCAUGGUGGGAAUGGAAGCUGCAGGAAUUCAUGAGACCACAUACAAUUCCAUAAUGAAGUGUGAUGUUGACAUCAGGAAAGACCUGUACGGUAACAUUGUCCUUUCAGGAGGUACAACCAUGUUCCCUGGCAUUGCUGAUAGAAUGAGCAAGGAAAUUUCUGCACUGGCACCAAGUAGCAUGAAGAUCAAGGUGGUUGCACCACCUGAGAGAAAGUACAGUGUCUGGAUUGGUGGUUCUAUCUUGGCAUCCCUCAGCACUUUCCAACAGAUGUGGAUUGCAAAGGCUGAGUAUGAUGAGUCUGGACCAUCAAUUGUGCAUAGGAAGUGUUUCUAAAUUGUUUCAACAAUAGGGUUAUUAAAGAAAAAGACUACUCUUUUGGCAACCCUUUCAUUCUACUAGCUUUUAUUAUUUGUUCAUGUCAUUUUUCUUCAUUAUUAUCAUUAUUAUAUGUAUUUUGAUA